AUCAAGGCGGUUCUAGUGUUAAGAAAAACCCGACAAAUAGUCAACUGUAAUGCUAGGCUGUGAGUUGUAUUUGUAGUUAAACGGCAUUGGUUUAUAAGCAAUUGCGGUUGUUAGUACGGUUUGCGACAAUCAAAGCCACCGGCAUCGUUUGAGUACGGAAAGCAAAGCAGCAGCAUUACAGAUAAUACAGCAACACGAUGGUGUAUGAGACAGCAUUUUACGACAUUUUGGGCGUACCGCCCAGUUGCACACCGGAAGAGCUGAAGAAAGCGUACCGGAAGCUGGCACUCAAAUACCACCCGGACAAGAACCCGAACGAGGGUGAGAAAUUUAAGCAAAUUUCGAUGGCGUACGAGGUAUUGUCCGAUCCGGAGAAGAAAGCCAUCUACGAUGAAGGUGGCGAGACUGCUAUCAAGCAGGGAACCGGUGGUGGUGGUGACUUCCACAGCCCGAUGGAUAUUUUCCACAUGUUCUUCAACGGAGGCUUUACCGGACGCAAAAGCGAGCGCAAGUCGUCGAACUUGAUUCACACGCUUGGCGUCACCCUGGAGGAGCUGUACACUGGAACAAAGCGUAAGCUGGCGUUACAGAAGAACGUUAUCUGCGAAACGUGUGAGGGUAUCGGUGGUAAGCGGGGUGCAUCACAGAAAUGUGCCCCUUGCCGGGGGACGGGUGUGAUAACGAAGGUGCAGAAAAUCGCCCCAGGGCUGGUUCAGCAGUGCGAGGAACGGUGCCGAAACUGUCGCGGGCUAGGCGAAACGAUCGACGACAAGGACCGGUGCAAGGAAUGCAACGGGCGCAAAACGGUGCGGGUCCGCAAACUGCUCGAGGUAGAAGUGGAUAAGGGCAUGAAAGAUGAGCAACGGAUCGUGCUGAAAGGAGAAGGUGACCAGGAACCGGACCACCGGCCGGGUGACAUUGUGCUAGUGCUGGAGGAGAAACCGCACGCUGUUUUUAAGCGCACUGGACAGGAUUUGCUAGCGAAUGUGAAGCUGCAGCUGUCCGAAGCGCUGUGUGGGUUCCGGAAGGUGAUAAAGACGCUGGAUGGGCGCGAUAUUGUCAUCCAAACGUUUCCGGGCGAGGUGGUGAAGCACUGUUCGACCAAGUGCGUCAUGGGCGAAGGUAUGCCACUGUUGCGCACACCGUCGGAGAAGGGACGGUUGAUCAUACAGUUCGUCGUCGAAUUUCCGGACACGGUACCGCCAGAAAUAGUGCCUGAACUUCGCAAGUGUCUUCCGUUUCCGCCGCCGGAACCGAUCCCCGAGGACUUCGAGGAAGUUGACAUGAUGGAUUUAACAGAGGCCCAGCACCAAACGUUGUACGUUGAAGAUGACGAGGACAGUCAAGAUUCCGGCCGGCUGCCAGGUGGCCACGAACGAGUACACGUGCAAUCGUGCAACUCGAGUUAAAACGCUCACACUGUUACUUUUUUAACUAUAGCGAAUAUACUGCAUAGAUGUUUCGUAUCGUAAAUGGGGCUGUAGUACAAUUUAUGCAGCCAUAUUCGAACCAGUAUAGACGUUUUGGUAAAAUUAAUUGGUUGUAUCAAAUCAGGGUUUGUUCACUUCCGAAACAAAGCAAUUGUUUCAGAAUUCGGUUCACGUUAGUAUUUUGUUCUAUAGAUGUUUAUCGAACAGAAUAAAUUAAUUUUGAUCAUUCGAGAAAUAGUGUAAAACACGCACACACACACACACACCUACAUUGACUGCCACGCUUGUUUCUCAGCUUGUUCGUGGUGUUUCUCAGCGCGAAGGACCGUUUGCUAUGUGCAAGUUUUUACAAUUUAGUUUGGGAUCUUUUCCUUUUUUUUUUUGCUAUCGAAAAUGAAAACCAAUAGCACUCUAGAAAAGUUACUGCAAUCAGCGUGUAUAAUCUGCGUGCUGUUAGGUAAGAUGUAAUAUGGAAAGGUUAAAGCAGACUAGCUUGUCUGUUCGCCCCAUGGAGGACAAGACACUGCCCAGGGAAAGGAGAAAAGCUAUCGUGCAGUCUCGAGACGCAUACACACACGCUAGUUUUCGGUCAGUUGCAGCAGCUGUUUAGUUUUUUUUUCUUUCCUCAAUUUCGUUUUACUUUAGUGCACGACAACUUGGUUCCUAAUUGUGCAACCGAAUCGUAAGGUUUUUGUAUUAGGUAUUUGCAUUAACUUUGAUUUUCCUUGCUUCUUUAUCAAUUAUAUUAAACGAAUCGCCAGCAAUUCGGUCUGACCGAUUAGCAUGAAGACAGGAAAAAGUAUUGUUUGCCAGUUUUUUGUUUGUUUGUUGUUGUUGCAACUGAUUCAAGCAAAGCACCUAACAUUAUUCGAAGUUCAUUAGAUAUUAAGACUUUAUUAGGUAUGAAGUGCUAAAGGGCGCAGAGAAGGAGAGGAAUAGUGAGAGGAUUUUAGGAGGGCAGCUUAACAAAAAGCUGUGCAAAGAUAGGAGGAUCUUCAGGGAAAUAUAUACUAUUAAGACAAAGGCUGUACGAACAAGGAAGGCAUUUCGGGGGUACACAGCAAUGACGAAUGCGUCUUUCGGCGGUUAUACAAUUAGUUCUGCUUUAUCGGCCCAAAAACCUGAAGAGGUCUAGCGCCUGCCAUUCCCGUAGUCAGGCCUGUGUACAGAGGAUUUGGUCCGGACGGGGAUU